UUCCGUCAAUAGCCCCGCGGCCCGGGCCGAGCGUGCGAGGUGCUGCCGGGCGGUUCGCGAGCUGCGGGCGGUGGCUGCGCCGCGCUGAGAGAAACCAUGCCGUUUUUGGGCCAAGACUGGAGAUCCCCUGGAUGGAGAUGGGUUAAAACAGAAGAUGGAUGGAAACGAUGUGAACCCUUCAGUCCUGCACUUGACAGGAAUAAUCAGCUGAAUGAUAUCAGUCACACUGUCAUCAUAACUGGUGAUGAUGAGGAUGAAGAGAUAUACAGUACUGAAGACUGUGAGUUUGCAGCCAAGAAAAGAAAAAAAGAUCAUUUUAGGAACAACACAGAUUCACAAUGUUUUUAUCGUGAGAAGUGGAUUUAUGUUCAUAAAGAAAGCACCAGGGAGAGACAUGGCUAUUGCACUUUGGGAGAAGCUUUCAACCGCUUAGACUUUUCAAGUGCAAUUCAGGACAUCAGAAGGUUCAAUUAUGUGGUCAAACUUUUGCAGUUAAUUGCAAAAUCCCAGCUGACUUCACUGAGUGGUGCAGCACAGAAGAACUAUUUUAACAUUUUGGACAAAAUUGUGCGGAAGGUCAUGGAAGACCAAUAUAAUCCACGAUUAAUUAAAGACCUUCUACAGGAUCUGAGUUCUACUCUCUGUAUACUGAUUAGGGGAGUAGGAAAAUCUGUGUUAGUAGGGAACAUCAAUAUUUGGAUCUGCAGAUUAGAAACUGUCCUUCUGUGGCAACAACAACUGAAAAACCUUCAGAUGAACAAGCAAGUCAACAAUGGUCUCACACUUAGUGAUCUCCCUCUGCAUAUGCUGAAUAACAUCUUAUACAGGUUCUCUGAUGGCUGGGACAUUAUUACUCUGGGUCAAGUGACCCCAACUUUAUACAUGCUUAGUGAAGACAGACAGUUGUGGAAGAAACUCUGCCAGUACCAUUUUGCAGAAAAGCAGUUUUGUAGGCACUUGAUUCUAUCAGAGAAAGGUCACAUUGACUGGAAGCUGAUGUACUUUGCACUUCAGAAAUAUUACCCCAUAAAGGAGCAGUACGGGGACACCUUGCAUUUCUGCCGACACUGUAGUAUUCUGUUUUGGAAGGACUACCACCUUGCUUUGUUACUCAAGGAUACAGGACACCCCUGCACAGCCAGUGAUCCAAACACCUGUCUCAUGCCAGUAUCUCCUCAGCAUUUUAUUGAUCUCUUCAAAUUUUGAGAAGUGCAGUAGCUGUUCUGCUGUGUUCGUGGCCAUUUUUGUGAAGAGUCGGGCAGGAUACGUCAGUGCUUUUUGUGCAAUAUAUUUAAGUGUAAUGUUUUGUUGUAGUUUAAAAACAAAAAGGGUAUGGGGGAGAGGAUCAGGUGGGUUUAAGUGUAUUGUUUUUGUGCAGAAGAGAGCUGAGGAGAAGCAUUAAGAAAAUUUCUUUGUCAGGAAAUCCAUAGUGGACUUCUUUUCAAGUCCAAUAAAGGCCAUUUUAAUCUCAACUUUAAAUCCAUUCUUUCGACGCCUUAAUAGUUGGUUAAAAUUAUGUGGGGGAGUUUUGAAAACUUCACAGAAGAGUUAAAACUACUCUUACAGGGACCAAAGGAAGGGCUUUUUUGUUAAUCCUUCUUUCUUUCAAGAAACUGUUUUCAAAAUACCUCCAUCUAAUUUGCACUAUUACAAAGAGUAGGCCAAUAUUCUCUUGGACUCCUCAUCCCUCAGUUCCCGAGGUGGGAUUGAUUGAUUAAUUGUUGUGAGCUAGUGAAUAAAUUCCAGUGGUGGUUGUAGCUGUUGCUUAACCUACGAAUGAAGGAAACCAACCAAUCUUUGCACAUACAUUAUGCAAAAGUAUUUAUUUCUCUCAAGGACUCUAAGGAACAUCUGACCUAUCUUGGCACAUCCGGCACAACUCCAGACAGAGUCAGGGGCUACUGGAAAGAUGUUUUGGGUUGUUUUUUCUGGUAGCUACAGCCUUCAUUUCUGCUGUUUUGGUAUGUCUAAAAAUGCAACUGCCUUGCUUUAUCUUCUAAGAAGAAGUUGUCAUUGGAGCCUUCUGAGCAUGGAGUUGCUUGUUUCUAGGCCAGUCCUGGAGCAGGACCUUACACUGCCAACUGACACGUCUCUACAAGCAAGUGAUGGCAAAGGCUGAAAGCCAGCCUGAGCUGAAGCACCAUCUGCCAAGUUAACCAGGUGAUAAAUUCUCCAGGAAACUACUUUCUUCUGUCCUAUAGAACAAAAUUAAUUGCUUGGCUUAGGCAAGUAAAGGAGAAAUUAGGGAAGUUUUGAGUUUGUCAAUGAGAUUUAACAAAUAAUAUGUAUAUAAAUAAAUCUUGUACUAUAUUCUGCACUUGCUUGUUCUUAAUCUAGUUUU